UUUUUCCCCCCCAGUUUGCAGGUGACUCAGCCAUUGUAUGAGAUUUGUCCACACACUGGCUCUUCAGACAGGUUAGCUGUAUUUUUCUGCCAUCGGUUUUCACCAUAUUUGGAGGAGUUGCUGCUUUUCAUUAAAAUAAAUCUGUUACAAGGUCUUCCAUAUCUCACGUUGAGAAGUUCCAUAUCAUACUAAACAUGGAGAAGGAAGAAAAGAAAUUUGUCAAUAAGGCAGAGGAGGAAGAGAUGGAGAUCUAUGGUUAUGAAUUAUGUCGUUGGAAGCUGGUGCUAGUUACUGUAGGAGUGAUCUGUUCUGGUGGCUUCCUCCUCCUCCUCCUCUACUGGAUGCCUCAGUGGCGUGUGAAAGCAACGUGCAAAAGGACUACGCUUAAAGACUGUGAAGUGGUUCUGCUGAGAACAACUGAUGAGUUCAAGAUAUGGUUUUGUGCAAAGGUUCGCGUUAUGCCUUCUUUGGGAGCCAGUCCUUUACAGAAUCCUGACCCUAUUGUACACAAGGUUUCAAAUGGCCACGCUGUCCAUUUCUGUGAAUCUGCUGCAGAAGAGAAUAAAAAUUAUUUGAAAAAAUAUUUGCCUAUUCGUUAUUUCACACAUCACAGCGUGAAGUAUUUCUGGAAUGAUUCAGCUCAAAGUUUUGAUGUUGUACGAGGAUUAGAUGACUCUACAUUCUGUUCUUCAAUUCAUAAUGAACACAGCAGAGGACUGACAAAGGAGAUGCACGAUUAUAGGAAAAUGUUCUUUGGAAUAAAUGAAAUUGCUGUGAAAGUGCCUUCCAUUUUUAAGCUUCUGAUUAAGGAGGUUCUCAAUCCUUUUUACAUUUUUCAGUUGUUCAGUGUGAUAUUGUGGAUCACUGAUGAAUAUCACUACUAUGCAUUAGCAAUUGUGAUCAUGUCUGUAAUAUCCAUUGUUAGCUCACUCUACACUGUUAGAAAGCAAUAUGUUAUGUUACAUGACAUGGUAGCAGCUCACAGCAUUGUAAGGGUUUCUGUCUGCAGAAGAAAUCAAGAAAUUGAAGAAAUCCUUUCUACCAAUCUUGUGCCUGGAGAUAUCAUGUUGAUUCCAUCUAAUGGGACAAUUAUGCCCUGUGAUGCAGUACUUCUCAGUGGUACUUGUAUCGUGAAUGAAAGCAUGUUAACAGGUGAAAGCGUUCCUGUCACGAAGAUUAAUCUACCAAAUCCUUCAGAAUAUCCGAAAGCAACGGGAGAUGAAAUAUACAGUCCAGAAGCUCAUAAGCGACAUACUUUGUUUUGUGGAACCAAUGUGAUCCAAACCCGUUUCUAUACUGGAGAAUUAGUUAAAGCUCUGGUAGUGAGAACAGGCUUUAAUACUGCUAAAGGACAGCUUGUUCGUUCCAUACUGUAUCCAAAGCCAACUGAUUUUAAACUCUACAGAGAUGCCUACUGGUUUCUCCUGUCUCUGGUGGUGGUGGCAGGCAUUGGGUUUAUUUACACAAUUGUCAAUAGCAUCUUAAAUGAGGUUCCAGCUCAUACCAUCAUCAUUGAAUCUCUUGACAUUAUCACCAUCACGGUGCCUCCAGCACUCCCUGCUGCCAUGACUGCUGGCAUCGUUUAUGCACAAAGACGGUUGAAAAAAAUUGGCAUCUUCUGCAUCAGCCCUCAAAGGAUAAAUAUUUGUGGCCAGCUGAAUCUUGUGUGUUUUGAUAAGACUGGCACGCUCACUGAGGAUGGCUUGGACCUUUGGGGAAUUCAGCGGGUGGAAAAUGCUCGUUUCCUUUUGCCGGAAGAGAGGGCUUGCAGUGAGAGCUUGCUGAAGUCUGAGUUUAUUGCUUGCAUGGCAACUUGUCAUUCCCUUACUAAAAUUGAAGGGGUGCUUUCUGGGGAUCCACUUGAUUUGAAGAUGUUUGAAGCAAUAGGUUGGAUUUUAGAAGAAGCAACAGAAGAGGAAACAGCACUUCAUAAUAGAAUCAUGCCAACGGUGGUGCGACCUUCAAAACAACUAUUUCCAGAAUCCAAGCAAGCAACUAAUCAAGAAAUGGAAUUAUUUGAGCUUUCGACCACUUAUGAAAUUGGGAUUGUGCGCCAGUUUCCAUUUUCUUCAGUUUUGCAACGCAUGUGUGUGAUAGCGAGAAUUCUUGGGGAGAAGAGAAUGGAUGCUUAUAUGAAAGGUGCCCCUGAAGUGAUUGCAAGCUUGUGUAAGCAGGAAACAGUUCCUGUUGACUUUGAGAGUGUCCUGGAAGAAUACACUAAGCAAGGCUUCCGAGUUAUUGCUCUCGCUCACAGAAAAUUGGAGUCUAAACUUACAUGGCACAAAGUUCAGACUAUUAAUAGAGAUGCUAUUGAAAGUAACAUGGAUUUUAUGGGGUUAAUUAUAAUGCAAAACAAGUUAAAGCAAGAAACCCCUGCUGUACUUGAAGAUUUGCAUAAAGCCAACAUUCGCACUGUCAUGGUUACAGGAGAUAACAUGUUAACUGCUAUCUCUGUGGCCAGAGAUUGUGGAAUGAUUCUACCUCAGGAUAAGGUCAUUAUUGCUGAAGCACUACCUCCAAAGGAUGGGCAGGCUGCCAGAAUCAACUGGCAUUAUGCAGAUACCCUCGCAAGAUGCACUAGUUCAUCACCAGCCAUAAACUCAGAGGAUAUUCCAGUUAAAUUGGUCCAUGAAAGUCUUGAGGAUCUUCAGAUGACCAAAUACCAUUUUGCAAUGAAUGGAAAGUCAUUUGCAGUUAUUUUGGAGCAUUUUCAGGACCUGGUACCCAAGCUUGUAUUACAUGGCACUGUGUUUGCUCGCAUGGCUCCUGAUCAGAAAACUCAGUUGGUGGAAGCUUUACAAAAUGUAGAUUACUAUGUGGGCAUGUGUGGAGAUGGUGCAAAUGACUGUGGUGCACUAAAGAGGGCACAUGGUGGUAUAUCUUUGUCUGAACUUGAGGCUUCUGUGGCAUCACCAUUCACUUCCAGGACACCAAGUAUUUCCUGCGUGCCAAAGCUGAUCAGGGAAGGCCGUGCUGCUUUAAUAACUUCCUUCUGUGUAUUUAAAUUCAUGGCAUUAUACAGCAUUAUCCAGUACAUCAGCGUUACUCUGCUAUAUUCUAUCCUGAGCAAUUUGGGGGACCACCAAUUUCUCUUCAUUGAUUUGGCAAUCAUUUUGGUGGUUGUAUUCACUAUGAGCCUGAACCCUGCUUGGAAGGAGCUAGUUGCGCGAAGGCCUCCGUCAGGUCUUAUCUCAGGUCCACUUCUGUGCUCCGUUUUGUCUCAGAUCAUCAUCUGCCUUGUUUUCCAAACAGUUGGGUUUCUUUGGGUCAAGCAGCAGCCCUGGUUUGAACGUUGGACACCAGAAUCUGAUGCGUGUAAUAUAUUGGAUGCCACAAACAUCAGCUCUGCACAUGGUGGGAACGAGACUCUUGAUGAUGAACAUAACAUUAAAAAUUAUGAAAACACAACUUUGUUUUUUAUAUCCAGCUUUCAGUACCUCAUAGUUGCAAUUGUCUUUUCAAAAGGAAAGCCCUUUAGACAACCGUGCUACAAAAAUUUUCUGUUUGUUACUUCUGUGGUAGUUCUUUAUGUCUUCUUAUUUUUCAUCAUGUUGCAUCCCUCUGAACUUAUUGACACGUCUUUUGAGCUCGUGUGUGUGCCAUAUGAGUGGCGCCUGAGAAUUCUCAUCAUUGUUAUUGUCAAUGCAAUUGUAUCCGUGCUGAUGGAGGUAAGAAACUCAAAUGGAAAAUACUUACUGUUAAGUGUUUCUCCUAGGCUGUAGGUUUGUCUUUUGGUUUAGGUUUGUUUAGGUUCCACAGCAUGCCAGUGGAAGUGGAGCAAUGAUUUUUAAAUUUGCAUUUCUAAAAAUGUCCUUCCAGGCUGGACUUCAUGUGUCAAAUGUCCUCUGUGUUAAAAGCAUAACUUUAAAACCCGUGUGAUUCAAAAAAAAGAAAAA